CACGCGACAUACUUGCUUUGCCUGUAGGGAUCAUUCAUAUAUCCCUUUAUACGUAUCUCUACUUUUCAUAAUUUAUUCUAUUCUCUCAUCUCUCGAUGAUAUUUUUCAUUGAAUUCAACAUUCGGUCCAGUGGUGGCCCGAUGUCCUUUCGUUCCGUGGGAGUAUAGCGGGUUGUUGAGCGACGUAUGCGGCAAUCAAUCAACAGAGACAAUGUACCUGUUCUACUAGACUGUAUUCAUGAGGUGUUGUACGGCGUCCUGAACUGAAUUCACACUGUACGACUAUAACGAUGAUGACGAUAUUCUUUGCGGUGGUUCAGCCGCUGUUCGCGCUGUUCCUUGGAAGAUCUCUCGCUUUGCCGGACUUGCGACAGGCCAUACUGAGUACAGACGAUGCAAAUCAAGCUGUUACGGCAUCUUCCACACAGAGGCAAACUCUCAAGGAUAUGUUAUAUGCCCUUGAUGUCAUGCAAGACAGUUACUUUGAGCAAUGGCUCGGUACAUGGCCGGAUGCUAUUGACUGGACUGCGGCAGUCAUUGGUACUCACAUAUCUGGCACUUUAUCGUCAUUGACAAUGACAUCUCCGGAUUCUGUUCUUGAACAGACGCUUGCAUACGAGAAUCUUAUCAACCGCUAUUUUGAUCAAGUCUCCAAUUUCUAUUUUGGAGAAAACGCUUUCGCCGUCCGAAUGCAAGCAUUUGACGACAUGCUAUGGGUGGUACUCGGUUGGUUGGAGAGCAUCAAGUUCCAGAAUCUCCAUUCCGAGUUACAUUAUGAGACCGUAAAUUCCACGAUUGAAGCGCAAUGGCACGGAAAACAGCUUCGCGUGCCUGCAGCGCAUCGAGCUCGUGUAUUCUAUGAGCUGGCUUCUUCGGGCUGGGAUAGCGAACUGUGUGAAGGUGGGAUGAUAUGGAGUCCGUACCUUGAGCCAUACAAGAAUGCGAUUACGAAUGAGUUGUUUAUCUCGGCAAGCAUUGGGAUGUAUCUGUAUUUUACGGGCGAUCCUAUUGGUUCACCGUUUGUGUCUUCGGAUCAUUAUCGUGUGCACGACCCCAGUUAUCUUGCUGCCGCAGUGCGUAGCUACCAGUGGCUUAAGGAUUCGAACAUGACUGGCACUGGUGGUCUGUAUGCGGAUGGGUUCCAUAUUCACGGAUACAAAGGCAUCAAGAACCCAGGAACGAAAAAAUGCGACGUGCUCAAUCCUAUGGUAUUCACAUACAAUCAGGGCGUUAUUCUCAGCGGACUGAGGGGACUAUGGCUCGCUACAAGCUAUCAAGAUUAUCUCCAGGACGGACACGAGCUGAUUGAGCGUGUGAUGCGGGCUACAGGAUGGCCAAGAACCAAUCGUCGCAACUGGUCCGGUCUUGGGCGGGGCGGUGUUCUAGAAGAAGCCUGCGAUUCUCACAGUAGCUGCUCACAGGAUGGGCAUACCUUCAAGGGGAUAUUUUUCCAUCACUUGACUGAAUUCUGUCAUGUGCUGCGACCAGAAGAAGUCAGACUACUUGCCCUGUUCGCUGAGCCUUCGGAGUCGAUAGAAGAGAAACAAGAUCUGUUUGAUAAAUGGCAUUUGGCUCGAUGUCGGAAGUAUGGGGAUUGGAUUGAGCAUAAUGCUCGAGCCGCACUUGCUACAAGAAAUGAGCAGGGGAAAUUCGGCAUGUGGUGGGGAGUAACAUUUCCCAGUGCGGAGGCUGAUAUGGAAGUUCCAAUGUCAAGCAUACCACCAGGAGCUAUUGACUAUGUGAAUCAUGGCGAAGCGGGCCGGGAUUCGGACCGUCUUAAGGGUCUAUUACGAACUCUCUCUGGAGAUGACUACAGCGAGUAUAGCAAUAACUCGACAAUACCCUCAAAAAUGGGCAAACCGCUUUCACGCGCCGAACAAGCUGCUGGACAGUAUCAGAGCCAUAGAUGGGUAAGAGAUGUGAAUGAUCGGGGUCGAGGCCGCACUGUUGAGACACAAUCCGGUGGACUUGCCGUAUUACGGGCUUGGUAUCAGUGGCAAACGUCGUUAUUUUUACAAUAG